AUGAUAUUACGACUGUACUUUGAGUUAAACAAAGCUUGCGCGAGAAAUCAUGUAGUUAUUCAUAAUGAAAUCGGUCCUGAGGAUGAUCUCGACAUUGUCUGUGCUGGAGACCAUAGCGACAGUAUAAGAUCCCACAUGUUAAAGUAUGAGGAACCUUUCUUUGACCUUGAUUUUAACGAUAAUCUCUGGCCAUCCAAAACAGGAUGGAACUGCGUUCUUAAAUAUGGGCCUAACCAUAAAUUUGUUGCUUCUUUUGAAGCAUACCAUUCAAGUCAUAAGCGAUGUGGCCAGCUACUUUCAUGGAUUGCCAAAGUAGAUGGGAUUUGGUUUACUAAAAAAUAUGUGCAUCCCCCAGGUUUAGUGCUUCAAUGGGACAUUACAUAUUAA